AUGGCCAAAUCAAAGAACUCGUCGCAACACAACCAGAACAAGAAAGCCCACCGAAACGGGAUCAAAAAGCCAAAGACUCACCGUUAUCCCUCGCUUAAGGGUGUUGACCCCAAAUUCAGACGGAACCACAGACAUGCUCUCCACGGCACCAUGAAGGCUUUGAAGGAGGUCAAGGAGGGAAAGAGAGAGUCCGCAUAA